GCUGCGAACAGAGCAGCGCGCAUGCGCGAUGGCGCUCUUGGUGGAGAGCGGGACCAGACGGAAGCUACAAUGGCGGCGGAGCGCAAGACUAAGUUGUCCAAGAAUUUGCUGCGCAUGAAGUUCAUGCAAAGGGGAUUGGACUCACAAACCAAGAAACAACUAGAAGAGGAAGAGAAGAAAAUUAUUAGUGAAGAGCACUGGUACUUGGAUUUGCCGGAGCUUAAAGAGAAAGAGAGUUUUAUAAUAGAAGAGCAGAGUUUCUUGUUAUGUGAAGAUCUCCUCUAUGGAAGAAUGUCAUUCAGAGGAUUUAAUCCUGAGGUUGAGAAAUUAAUGAUUCAGAUGAAUUCUAAGAGCAAAGCAGAGGAAGUUGAAGAUGAAACAGUGGAGCUUGAUGUGUCAGAUGAAGAAAUGGCUAGAAGAUAUGAGACUUUGGUGGGGACAAUUGGAAAAAAGUUUGUCAAAAAAAGAGACCGUGCCAAUUAUGAAGAAGAUGAAAAUGGAGAUAUAAAACCAAUUAAAGCAAAGAAGAUGUUCUUAAAGCCGCAAGAUUAAAAUGGAUGCUUUAAGAUAUAGCUCAGGAAUGCCUUGUGAGACUUUACAUAUUUUGGAAUCAUUUCAGUGGUUUCUCUAUAGUUAGUAGUAUUGUAAUGUUUAUUUGUAAAGAAAUAUAUAAUUUUAGAAACAUGCUGUUCUUGAAACAGAUGUGUGAUGGAUGUUAUACAUCCCUGGCUUAAUAGUAUUCAUCAAUAGUGGAUUUUUAGCCCUUGAUCUUCAAAUGUUCAAAGGUUAUGGUUGCUUCCUAAAAACUUUUUGACCCCAGAUCUUUUUUAAUAUAUCUCUCCAGUCAUUGACCUUAAAUUGACUCAUAAAUUGAUACCAGUGUUUAAAUUGUCCUUAUAUUUACAUUUUGUUUUAAAUUACUAAUAAUGUCAAGCCAGUUCAUACAUUUUAGAAUCAAAUGUCAUGAGAAUAUUAUAUGUAAAUUCAUCAAGAACAAACAUGCUUUUCCGACCUGAAGUAUUUGCAUGUUACAUAGUCAUUUCAAAUUUGUGGAAUUACGAGGUUUUCUGUUGUUGUUAAAGCCUUUAAUAAAAAAA